AGCCGUUCCAAUUGACCUCUCACUUCCAUUUCUUCUUCCCUCUCGUUGAACCUCUGGUCGAUUAUGUGGUGGAAAUUACGAAAUCAAAGAAAACCACACAAAAACAUAACAAUUUAAUGAUCCAGUUCGAUCAGAAUGAUCUACGUCUGGGGAUGUUCAAGUCAGGGGUUUUUGGAGAUUCAAAUUCAAAGUUUGAAGAUCUGUUGAGGGAAAUUGUUUCAGCUUCCCCCGUAAAAGCAACUGAAAAAGAGAAUAUUGUUCGAGGAGAAGUAAUUGAACCCAUAUCUAAAAAAGCCAAACUUGUAAAGGAAGAGUUUUCAACAAAAUAUAUUUUUUCCUUUGGAUCCCAAAAAUGGAAAGCAAGCUCGCAAUCAUUCAAUCCAAGCGACAUUUCUUCGACAAAUUCAAGAAAAUAUUCUGAAUUUGUUGAAAAACAAUCACAAGAUUCAAACCCGACAUCCACCAUUGAUUCAGUUCCUGAAUCAAAUUUGGAAGAUUUGUUGAGGAAAACUGUUUCAGAUUCCUCUGUAAGAGAAUCCGAAGAAGAGGUCCGCCGUGGUUUGCCAUUUGAAAUCUCCUCUUCAUCGUAUGAGUCACUGAUUGAUAUUUUUCAAUCAUGUAAGUUAACGGAUGAAGAGGAAGAAACGAUGAGGUGGACCUUUUUAUUCGAUUGUCCAAAUGGAGAUGAUUGGGGGGAUAUUGUAUACAACGAUGGAUACUUGUUUCUAUACAAGUAUGAUAUCCAAACAUUAAGCUUUGGAUAUGAUGUAUCGAACAUGGUUUUGGAUAUGUUCAGUACAUAUCUCAAUCGAUCCGAGUAUGCAAUACCUAAGAAUGAGAAGAAACCAAUGAAGAAAUUCUGCAUUUCCUCGAAUAUAUGCUUCAUGGUUUCUGUUGAACUUAGAAAUAAAUCCCGUGAAAAGACGGAGGAAGAGGUAUUGGAUUAGUGGAAAAGUCUUUUCUAGCAAUCAUAUCUCGGUGAAGAUUGGAUUGAAUACUAAAAGCCGAAAAUGUUCCCAGGGUGUACGUGGGUGAGAAUAAAACAUGUUGAAUUCCUGGGUCAAUGUAAGACACUCUCGGUCUCUGUGGCUUGCACGUCAGGGUAUUACAGUUGAUAUCAUAACCAAUCUGCGACAACCCAUAGUGGAUUGAAUAGGCUAUUCAACUUAACAAUGUGCACAUUCUUUUUCGAAAGUUAGAAUAAAGCGCGCUGAAAGGACUCAUAUUGACAUUUGGAGCUGCCGACACACUUGGUCUGUGUGGCUUAGGGGUCGGGUUGUUAUAAUAUUCAAAUAUUUUGAUGAUUUUUGUAUAGAAAUACAAAUAAUAGACAUAUUUUGCAAGGGAAAAUAUGUAAAUUCUUAGUCUUUUGGAUCAUACAAGUAAUAUAUAUAAUGAUAAUAUAUGAAAAAACAUGUAAAUUCUUCCUUCUUUGAUUGUAGUUUUAAA